CUAUAGCCUAUUCCCCUUCGCGAGUGAGGUUAUGUUGACAUUAAAAUGAAUAAAUCUGUAUUGUUUGCGGCUAAAUUAGUGAAAAACUUGAAGCCGAUACGGUUUUUGGCCUCUGCAAACGCAGACGGUGUCGAAAAAGAAUCGAAAUUCGUGCCGGUAUAUCAAUUUCCUUACAUCCGAGCAAUAUCCGCUAUAAAUAGGCUAAAAAUAUAUCACACUGCAUUUUCAGCCGCUGCUCUACCGAUUUCUAUUGCUCUAGCAUCGGAACAUGUCGUCCCAAAUGAUACUGUGUGGUUUGCAGGCUGUAUUGGUAUAUCAGGUAUUAUCACCUUGUAUAGCAUAGGAUAUUUGUCGCAGAGAUUCGUAGGUAUAAUUUAUUACGAUGAAAGUAGAAAGGUGGCAAAAUAUUCAUACUUAGAUUUUUGGGGGAAUCGAAAGAAUAAAGAAAUACCAGUUGAAGAUAUUAUACCCAUUUCAGAGCUGCCUGUUUCCACAUUUGAUGGUUUGUAUUUAACGUUGAGGCAGUUUUCGUGCAAAGAAACAUAUAAAUUUAGUUUAAAGUUUGGUAUUAUAUUGGAUAAAGAGCAACUGAAAAAAGUUUUGUAAUUUUUGUUGUUGUAAUGUAAAUAAAGUAUUUAUAAGUGUUGAUGAUGUUUUUUUAUCA